GAACGCGGCGGCGGUUCGCGUGAUAAAACACGAACGUUGUUGCGUCUUUGCUUUCGCUUCAGACAUUUGCUGUCAAUUGUUACUGUUAUAGCUGUGAUUGGCCGCGGCUACAUUGUUAUUACGUGCUGUGUUAACGUGACGAAUCGCGAUUGCUGUCAAUCGUCUAUGUAACGAAGUCAAUUCCUGCUGUUAGUGACAAUCGAUAACCCGCAGACAAUCAAUGUCGAUCCAGUUAAAUAGUUCUAAGCAAGCAAUAUGUAUAGUUUGAGUGUUAGCAGUGUCCUAAUAAGCUGGAAUCAUCGCUGUUAGAAAAGUGACAAGCACCCCUUGUAAGUGCUAGGUUUAGGGCGAUUGGACCCAAACCAUGAUGAACAAUGUGGCAAGCGUUUUCAAGAUCUCUCGAAAUACUAGUGGCGUUCUUCGAAUAUUAUUCAGCCAGAGCUCAGUUGGAGACUACUGGCAGUCCUCAAGCAAAAUCGCCGGCAGGAAGCAGCGCGGGGGCUUUAGUGCCUCCGGAGGCACGUACCCCCACAGCCCCCAACAAAGCCUUGCAGAAUGUCAAGGGCGAGCACCCGUCGGUAAGCCAACCUGGCCAGGAUAUGGCCUUUCUUCAGAGCCGUUCAAUAUCAUUAGUGGAUAUGUACAUUGACAAUUCGGAGCCAUCAGAAAACGUGGGUCAAAUUCACUUUUCACUGGAGUACGAUUUUCAAAAUACAACACUAAUUCUUAAAAUUUUACAGGGUAAAGACCUGCCGGCCAAAGAUCUAUCAGGCACAAGUGAUCCCUAUGUAAGAGUGACAUUACUCCCCGAUAAAAAGCACCGAUUAGAAACGAAAAUUAAGAGACGAACCCUCAAUCCCAGGUGGAACGAGACCUUCUAUUUCGAAGGAUUUCCCAUCCAAAAGUUGCAGUCUAGGGUUUUGCAUCUACACGUCUUUGAUUACGAUCGGUUUUCACGAGAUGAUUCAAUUGGGGAAGUCUUUUUACCACUGUGCCAGGUUGACCUUAGCGAAAAGCCAUCAUUUUGGAAAGCUUUAAAACCGCCAGCUAAAGACAAAUGUGGUGAACUUCUUACAUCACUUUGCUAUCACCCCAGCAACAGCACCCUCACACUUACCUUGCUCAAAGCGCGCAAUCUUAAAGCUAAAGAUAUCAACGGAAAGUCUGAUCCCUAUGUAAAAGUCUGGCUACAAUUUGGUGACAAACGAGUGGAGAAACGUAAAACAGCCAUCUACAAAUGCACUCUCAAUCCCGUCUUCAACGAUACGUUUGCUUUCAAUGUGCCAUGGGAGAAAAUAAGGGAGUGUUCCUUAGACGUCAUGGUAAUGGACUUCGAUAAUAUAGGAAGGAAUGAGCUGAUAGGAAGGAUAUUGCUUGCAGGCAAAAAUGGAUCAGGCGCAUCCGAAACAAAACAUUGGCAAGACAUGAUUACGAAACCGAGACAGAACAUAGUGCAAUGGCAUCGGCUAAAACCGGAGUAAUUUUACAAACCGUGAAACCGGUGCACUAUUCUAGAGACGUUUCACGAAGACAUUUCUUCUAGAGAAGUUGCAGAUGAGCCCAUAAAAAGUAAGUAUUGAGCACUUCUAGUACCAACAGGUUAUGCUCAAACUGUGACACUUUAGCACCUGCAGAAGUAGGUAAGUCUGCGGUUUUUAUAUUUUAGGUAAGUAGUAAACUAUACCUCGGUGGGUGGUAGAUUUGCGUAAUUAAAAUCCGCUUAGUUCUAAAUAGUUCUUUAUAGUAACUUUUAUACCAAUUAGUCGACUUUCAUAUAUUUUUUUUUUGGUUGAUAAGUUAAUUCUUUGGUUACUCUCAUAAGCGUAAGGAAUUUUGAUUCGUUAUUAUUGAUUUGUGAGAAUUUUUGAAGCAACAACACACAGAGCAUUUUGAACAUACGGAUAAACUGGACUAUUUGAAACUGGAUUCUGGUCAAAAGGAAAUAGAGGAAACAGUUUCGUUAAUGUAAUUUUAACUAAGACGCUAAAAUCAUAUUAGUAAGUGCUCUGGUGCCCCACCAGUAAACAGCGUUAUAUUUGUUUCGUGUUUCGUUAUUCCUUUGUCAAUAUUAGCAUUUUUUUGUUUUGAGAUUUGGUAGGCGAUAUCUUCAGAUUGUUGUUGAAACAUAUUCAGUGUAAUUUUGUUUACAACUGCCGGAUUUCGAUCAGUUUUAACAUGGCGUGCAAAAAUAAGUUUGAACGAUUGAAUGGACAGUGACCGACCCCCUAGC